AUGACGAGCAAGCGGUCGAGAGCGCAGGCAAGUUCGGUACUGAGUGAGCAAGACGAAGCUCUGGAGACGUACGACUUCAUCCCUGGCCAUCUGCGUCACCACUUCAAGGCAGACCUCGAAGCUCUUUUGAGCGAGGAUUCCAAUCGUGUAGAGCAGGAGCGCGUUCGUCAUGCUCGCCAGACCAGAAGUGCUUAUGUGGUGGCGAAUUCCUUCUCUCUGCAACCGCCAACGCAGGUGCUGUACUCUAACGCUAUCGAACGCGCUAUUACAGCUCGCAUGACUUUCUCUCGAGCACUGCAAGGAUUGGAGAAAUACUUUCGCGACGUGAUGGCCAAGAUGGAGCAGCUAGAAAUUCAACACCCAGACGGUGUUGUCGAUGCUAGUGGCGUGAAGAUUCCCACGCUGAUGCAAACGCAACGACAGAUCGUAAACGUAUGUCAAGGCUGUUUGAAUGACUGCGACCUCUAUUUAGGAAUGUACGAGGCACUCCCUAGUCCGCCAACUGCAUCAUCAACUCCGAUCGUUCGGUAUGUUGCGUGCUCUCCAAAGAGCUCAAUGCUGCACCAGAGACUCGAGUGUCCUUUCCCAGCUGUAGGAGAUCCAAAACAGCCCCAAUCAGGUGAUAACCAGACCAGACCAAUGUGUAUUACGAUGCAAGCGAUGGCUGCAAAAGACGUGAUCAUUGUGGACGACGUAGCAGAGCUAGAGCAAAACGAAAUUCGUCGAUUCUCGCCGAAUGAAGCGUCGACAGGACCGUUCUCGUGCUUCCCGUUAGUCUCUGGUCAGACGGCGGAAGACACCGCAGUGAUUGGAGUUCUCUCUGUCGAUUCGUGUCGAAAAGCGCAUCGCUUACUACCCCAGUCCAUGUCAGUGGAAGGUUUGUAUGCAUUUCUGCUUCGGAUGCAGCUGAAAGACGCUGCGAUGGAGCUCAGAAAGGCGAAAAUGGAUGGCGCUUGCUUUCUUGCACUCACAGAGAUCGACAUCCGACACAAACCAAGUUUCCAGCGGCUGAAAGUAGCUACGAGAAAUAAAUUACUGGAGAUAAUUUGCGCUCUUCAGCGAGGCAGUCGGAUGCAUCUCUCCGAAGGGAACGAGCGAGCGCUGCCAUUUACAAAGGACGACGAUGCGUUAGAGUUUCUGGAUGGCGUUUCUAAGCUAUCGGGCGAAUUUCUUGGUCAUUACCGUCGCGUUCACUGGAUUCAAGAAAUCGCAAAUAGUACGAUGAACCAAGCCUGCACAGCUUAUGACGUGUAUGACGUUUUGAUUCGCGCUAUCACCCGGUCGCUGGAGAGCUUGGAGCGUGUUGCAGUGUGGAAAAUCACACAGAAGAAAGUAGACGCCACGGCUGCGCCAGCGGCGUCCUUCUCUCCAUGGGAAAUAGACGUCGUCGCAUCUACAUCUGUUCCCGAUGAUCGACUAGUUCCAUUCCUGGAUGCACACGAGCUAAAGAUGAGGCGACUUGCUCUCUGCAAGGAGAACGAAGAAGCGAUUCGGGCGUCUAGGGAGACUGGAGCUAAUGGCUACACGACUUUACUUCGUGGAGGAAUUACUAGUGUCACUUCGGAACCAGAAAGCUCAACGACUUCACGUUCGUAUUCUUGUGAACACGCCACGUAUCAUGUUUCAUGGGCAGAUCGAUCUCUUCAGACGUUGUCGUGGACUCAACUCCGUCAGCUGCUUCCUAUUCGGACCAUGAACGCCAAGCAUUUCGAACUACGCCAACUCUGUCAAAAGCUGCAAGACGAAGCGAACGAACCAAAGACACAACACUCUGAACGUCGGAGAGGGAAGAUCAUUCGAAUCAACAGCCCGAAUGGGGUUGUGAUCGUCCUACGUGAUGCCUCCCGGCCACCCGCUGUAAACUACGUUCUGGAAGUUGAUUUUACUGCUCAUUUUGAGCCUCCUCAGGUAUUUUACGACUUCAUAGAGCGAGCAAUUAUUGUAGCUGAACAAGCGCUGACUUGUGUUCGUGGGCGAGAAGCACGGCAGGCUCUACGAAAGCGCGCCGUGGCGAGGAAUACGCAGCGGUUCCAAUCGAUUGGCCUCAACCCGUCUGGAGAUGCCCUUCGUGCUCUGCAAGAUAUCGUUCACGGCGUGUUUGCGGAUAUCGUCGAGAGUUUACCUGGUGUUCACGUGCAAAUCGCAGAGCUGCAAGCCGAUGGAGCUCAACUCCAGUAUACGUUUGCCAGCAGUGCGUCCACAAUUCUUGGGUGCACAUUAAAUCGAGGUCAAGGUGUUUCGUUCAAGUGUCUUGACGCAAAGCAAACAGUCGUAGUGGGGGCGACGUCGAAGUUGAGACCACUAUUACUGCGCCUCGGUGCACUACGAAGCCAACGUCAAGCCAUCGACGACGCAUUCCCGUUCGUUUUUGUGCCUCUAUUCCAUGAGGAUUGCUGUGUGGGCGUGCUCAGUGUCGAUUCGUUUCAAACUGUUCCAAAGGAAAGACAAGACGAAGCUCAUCCUGAAGCUGGAGCUCUGGAGUUUCUAGUUUUGUUGGGUAAAUUACUAGCGAGGGCCAUCUACGCUAAGCGUCGGUCGUAUGCGCUUCACGAAAUUCAACUCGCAUGCCAAGAACCGCUACGUUCACCGCAGCAAUUGCUAUUCUACGCCUGUCGAGCACUGAAAGAUGUUAUGGUUGGAGCUUGGAAGGUUCGAGUUGUGGAGAUCGAUGGACUGCGGGGGAAGACGACGCUGGUGUACGAACUCUCAGAGGGCGAGCGAGAACAAGCGCGUUCGUGGCUGUUUAACGUGGUGCGUCCCAUGGCGUUUCGCUGGAAGGAAUUGUGCACAGAUACGAUCGAGAAUUACUCGAGUCAACUGCAGAACAGUCGAGAGCAAGGUGCCGAUGGUGUGAUCAAACUCUUGGCUGCGAUCCGAGAAGACGAAGAAGAGCGUCAGAAGAGUGUGGAAAGGUAUGAACAACUGAUUGCUGAAGAGCAAGCCUCUCUGUGUAAUGCUCCGAGAAGAUCAGCAGUCGCGAUGGAGAAGGCGAAGCUGCUAGAAAGACAAGUCGCUGACAAGUAUUUCUUUCUUCUGGAUGAAGCUGGGGACAAUUCACCGAUGUUAACUGAGGAGUUAGCCCCUGGUGAUGACAGACUCUCAAGUCAAAAGUACAUCGCCCACGCGUUGAAGCUCUUUCUCGGCACAUCGACGUGCUUGUACUCGGAAUUGCAGGCAAUGGGUCGAACAACAACCAAAGUAUUUCUCACAGUUACGGCAUUGCCACAAUUCCACGCCAGCUGCGACCAGACUUAUCUACAACGCGUGACCAGUGUCACGUCGAAAUCCAUGGCUGCGUUAGGGAGUAGGAUACGUCGGUCGAAAGAGCGUACAGACGCUCUCAACGUAUUCAGAGACCUCUGUCAACGAGCUCUAACCUGUGAUGAUGGCCCCUUUACUGACAUGGCUACGAACACACGCGCUGGCCGCCAUAGCUCAUCCCCCACUGAAGAAGUCGAGACGGAGUGUCUGCUUCAGCUACAGCGAGACGCAAUCGCACUAAUUGAGCGCACAUUGAACUCUCCCAACGUUUACUUUGGGAUGUGGGAACCAGCACUGCGGAUCCUUCGAUACACUAGCGCCUCGAACUCCAGUAUGAUGGCUGGAAAGAAGCUGAAACACGGAUACGGAGUCUGCUUCCAGUCGCUGGAGAAGCAAGUUCCUAUCGUUGUAAGCAGUCGAGAUGCAGCGAAUGAUAACGAGACUGCCUCGUAUUUCAAAAAGCUGCGGUUCUUUACGACUGAACUGAUGGAAGACCGGAAGUGGCCAUUUAUUGUCGUUCCAGUUGGUAUCCUUGGAGUACUAUCGCUGGAUAAUAUGCAUAAUUACGAGCAAGAGGCUAACGAACUGCAACCUGAACUAGGAGUCGUGGAUUUCUUACGUAAAAUCGGUCAAAGUUUCGCCGAAGUGCUUACAGUCAUUCGUGGCCGGACAAUUCUACGACGCCAGCAUCUUCGUGACGUAGCGCUACUCCGAGUGAUGACUGCCUGUGAGAAUUUUAAGCCGACUGCGAGCAAUACGGGGACCGUGUCUUUGUAUCUUCCACACCUCAUCAUUCAACAAAUCGAAGACGCGCUUAAUGGAGUGGACGCCUACAUUGGGCUGGUAGAUCCACUAUGUGAACGCAUUCGCUUCAUUUGCGCGUCUUCAAAGAGUAAAAUGGAGAGAAACACAGUCGAUACAGCUCAGAGUUUGUCCUUCCGCGUCUUCUCCAGCCAACGCUCUAUCGUGAUUCCGCAGCUCGCGCAGUACUUUAAGGAGCAAGAAAUCUCACAACAACAUGGCAGUGAACCGGGACAAAAGUUGAAGUAUUUUGGAGGGUCAAGAACACCUCAAGGUCCGUUUGUGUGCGUUCCAAUACCAUUCGUCGGGGUAUUAUCUGUCGACACGUUCCCUGGAGCUGCUGGCGGUGUAUUCUCUCCCGGGUUUCCUGAGGAUGGCGUGGUGGCCUUUUUGGAGAAGAUAGCGAACUACCUGGGCGAGAAUAUCCGCACACUUGCUGCUAACGAGGCUGGAAAUAUACUUCCAACGCUGUUUCGAGGGAAUCGAUCGACGGUGCAGCUGCUCUUUCAAGAGAUUUUAGCGAUUAUAUCUCGCAAUCUGGUCGCUGUAUUCGACAUGAAAGCAUUUUGGUACGAACGGGACAAGCAAAGUGGGCAAUGGCGCAGGAAGGGACUGCUCGCUUCCAUGCAGAGAUCGACAAAUCCGGAGGUCUUAGUUGUGCAUUGCGCUUCGGCACGUGACGUCGGUGAUGAUGACGCCGCGUUGGUUCCGACAGUUCUGCUCUUACGUCGUGUCAGGGGUGCAACGUGGAUGUAUGAUGAGGAUUUCCUAUUGUCUGUCCUACCGCUGAUCAAUUCACUGAUCGAGUUGGUGAACGUGCGAGCUGAAGGAACUGUAGCCCGUCGACUGGCUACACGACAGAUAAGUGAUUUAUGUAGAACAUUGGAGAGCCUACCUUCUGCUGAGGCGACUCAAGUCAUGUACAAGACCAUGUUACCAACCGCAAUGGAGACGAUAGCACAGGCAAUGAGUCGAAAUAACUGCGACGUCUAUAUCGGCCAACGCGAGCUCAGCGGUCGAACCAAGAGUCAAGUAUCUGAACUUCAGCUGCGGUUUGUGGCUGCUUCCAGUCGAAGUCUCAUGCGAGGCGUUGCAAUCGACCUGGAGAACGUCGAUAAUUCGUCUCUGACCGUCGUCCAGUGUCUUCAGAACCAGAAGUUUGCUGAAGUCUCAUUGACUCGAGAGAGCUCUCCUGUUCGUGCACUUACAUCGAAGUCAGCACUUCGGGUUUAUCUUGCAGCUCCGAUGGGCGACAACUAUGUGCUCUGUGCAGAUAGCUUAGGAGAAGAGGCCUUUGUCCCGGGAAAGCGUCAGGUUGAGCCUGAUAUCAUCGCGUUUAUCAAGGCAGCUGCGUCGAAACUACACGAGACGAUCCUGUCGACUCGCCAUCGAUUGAGUUUCGACCAGCUGCGAAGUCUCACAAGGCGUCCACAUACUGACCUCAAGCUAUUUCACUCUACCAUUCUGGGAGGUUUACGUCGUGACCUCGUGGAUAUUCACUCGCAGCAGAUCCUUACGCUUGGAGCGGACUUUACCAGCUCGUUUCGACUGGAUGCGUGGCAGCGUUCAAGCACGCGACGACUGUUAAAGACGCUACCGGAGCACUAUUGCUCAGUGAAUGGCUGUGAAAAAAUGAUGAUCGCGCACGAAAUCCACUCGGAAUCUCACGUUUUUCUCCCGAUGAGCAACGUACCAAGAACUCUGGAUAUGAGUCGAUCUUGUAUGCAGCCAGUUGAGGGAACAGAGAAGCAUGGGACGUUUACUUGUGCGUGUUUGGCUACUAUGUUAGAUUCUUCGGUGGCGGGCAGAAGUGGAGACGCCAAGCUGGCUCUGUGUAUCUUCAGUCACGAUGCGACAUCAACGCAAGAACGAGGAGAGUUGAGACUGGGGAGAAGGUCGAUGAUCCCUCGAGAUUACGGAGACAGCACAGCCUUCUUUACCAGUUACCAACGACAAUACUUCUUCGCGUUUGCAGCUGUGGCCUCCGAUGUGUAUACGCAUGUAUUUCGUGCUUGUGCACUUGAAACCUUCGCAGCUGAGUUGUUUAUGGUGCUGCAAGAGUAUCUUGACGCCAAGGACGGAAUAGUCGUUCGGUUUUCUGAAGACGACGACAGCAAAAAAGCAGACGAUGCUCAGAUUUUAGCAACUGAUGACGACGGAUGUGGGUCAACUGCAUUGGCAGGAUCCACGCCAACCGUUCUAUUUAGUCAGCAGCCCAACAAAACGCCACCAGGACGGCCUCUACUUGGCAAACUUGAGAAGAAAGUUGGACAAUUCGAGGCGUCCAACACGCCACUAUCUAUCUUAAUGACGAAGAAAAGUAUACCAGCGCCUCUGGAAACAACCGCACAAGACAAAGCGAAGUUGGGUCCACUCUCCGUUGGAAGCUCUAAGAAAGGUCAAGACAAAAUUGUGAAACGUAGAGGUUCAAUGUCAUUGCUCGGGGGUAAGAAACACUUUCGGUAUGGGAAAAACAAGAAGCAGGAUGAAGAGCAGGAGAAAGACAAGCAACGGGAGCAAGUGAUGAACGCUUCCACUCAGUUGCAAACACUCGCGCCUUCACGAGCACAGCAGCUACGACACGAGAAGGUGUCGCUACAUGUGUUCGUCCGUGCAUUGGACUACCAAGAACGGCACGACAUCAUCGUCUUCACUGUCGAGAAGCAGUCAGUUCAGGCUGCGAGUACUGUGGAAACUCUCAUUCGGCAAGUGAAAGCACGAGCAGAAGCUAUAGCUACUCAACUGAUAGAAAAUCCUCCUCGUGGUGAUGAAGAGAUCAACGCCAAACGAUUUUGCUCGCUAUUCCCGUCAGACGAUCGAGGUGGAGGCGGGUUCCUCCUAAUGUCACUACUGCAAAAAGCUCGAGAUAACUUUCAGCAGAUCGAAGGUUCUCUCGGAGGUGCAAUGCGUCAGUUUUUAACUGGAGCUCAAGCCACUGCGCGAGAUGUUCAGUCGAUGAAUGCUGAAGAGUUGAGUGCUCUCUUUGGUACUGCAAAUGAAGCAAGUCUCACCCCAGCAACAGCAUUACUACGAGUGACACUGGUGGCUUGUGGAAUGAAACGUGAGAGUGCAGUGGCUCUUAACCAGACUGAUUUACUUAAGGAAUACUUACGGAUGCAGGCUGGACGUACGCUUCUACAACUUGACCCUACCGAUAAGAAAGUCUGGGGAGCUGUUGGCCGAGCCAGAGCACUGAUCCGCACCUUUAAUGAAGCAAUCCACUCAUUAGAACCACGUCAAGUAGCAGGAGACAAGCCCUGUGGGAUGAAAGAGGCAGCAAGUUUAGCGCUACAUUCUCUUCUCGACUUGCUGCUCGCCCAAUCGGCAGUUGUUAGAUACCUGAAGCACCUGGAAACGGAGAUGACACGCGAACGAAAGCAACUCUACGACAACCCAGCGACAGUUCUGCAGUGCUACAUCCGUCAGACCCAAGCACGAAUGGAACUCAAGAAGCGACGACGAGAGUUUCGAGCUGCCUUGGCGAUUCAGUGUGCAUUCCGGCAGCAUUUGGCUCGUCGUCGCGUGUUGUUCUUGAGGUGGACUCGAGCUGCGAUCAAAGUACAGCGAGCUUAUCGCCGCAAGCGUCAGCGAGCGAAAGGAUCGCGGCCCCAAAAGUUCACAGCGCAGUUGUUGUCUGCGUCACAGAAUUAUGGCACUUUGGGACGAUCUCCGUCUGUGGUGGCUACUAUGGACGAGGCAUGGCGUACAGACAUGUCUACUUUUGGUUCAUUCCAGGAAUAUUUAGCAAGUAAAGGUGGACGUGAGCAGCUCAGAAAAGAGGAAGAACUUAUGUGGAAGCAUCGAAGGGAGUUGGAGAAAGAUCGAGCUCGACUUGCGCGCGAUGAAGCAUUACGGGAAGACGUGGGGGAUUUAUUUGAGCUUUUAGACGAUGCUGGGAGUGGUGAAUUGUCGAGAGAACGCACUACUGCGUUGAUCACUCGGCUACAUGUCCCAUUGAACGAGGAAGAAGUGGCCGAUGUCGUGGCUAUGAUGGAUAGCGAUGGGUCCGGUGGAAUUUCCAUGGACGAAUUCAUGCGCUGCAAUCGGCUCGUUCUGUGA